AUGGCAGCAACAGCUCCAGAGGGGACCACAGGCAGAUCUGGAGCCCGUUGGCGGCAGAGCCAUCUUGAGCCUGGAGCCAAUGGUAAAGCCAAACCCUUAGGGGGCACAGAAGACCACCAGAACUGCCUGGAGUCUGAGGAAGUGGAGCAAGAGGAAGUGAUACUGGAUAUUGAAUCUGAGUCAUGGCCUGAGCCAGAAGUGAACCAUCACCAGUCCUGGUCCCAUGCCGAAGCUCCGGAACCAACAGAGGAUGACCCGAUGGAUCAUGCUGAUGAGGAUCCGGAAAUAGAAGCCAUCAAAGCUCAAGCCAGAGAACUGGAGGACGAGGUUGACAAGCUAAAAGAGCUACAGAAAGAACUGAGUCAGCAGAUGAAUAUGUGUUCACUUCCAGAAAAUGAAAGCCCAAGGUUCAUGUCCUUCGAGGAGAAGAUGAAGGCGGAUUCCCAUUCUAUCUACGUUGGCAACGUGGACUAUAGAGCGACAGCGGAAGAGCUGAAAGCACACUUUUACUUCUGUGGUUCCAUCAACCGCGUCACCAUCCUCCGUGACAAAUUCAACGGCCGCCCCAAAGGGUUUGCAUAUAUAGAGUUCUCAGACAUGGAGUCAGCCAGGGCUUCCUUGUCUUUAGAUGAUUCCCUUUUUAGGGGAAGGCUCAUCAAGGUGAACCCAAAACGAACCAACAGACCAGGCAUGAACACCACACACCGGGGCUUCCCAAGAGUUCACUACCGUGGCUGCACCACCAACUACAGUGCCCGCUCUCAGUCCUACUACAGCUCCCGCUCUCAGUCCUAUCAAGGUUUCCACAGCAGGUGCCAGGGCCACAUCUAUAGGGGAGGUCGGGGUAGAGCCACAUCAUGGUAUUCCCCUUACUAA